GGUGUUGUCGAGAGAGGAUGCGUCAGUGGCGAUGUCCGGAUUGCUUUUAUUCAAUUAGUAUGUGAUUGGGAUUGAGAAAAGGGAAUCCUCUCGGUUAGAUCGAGCGCAUACGGCCCGUCCAAGCUGGGAGUCCUUUCAGUGACGGUGGUGGAGGUUCUGGUGGUGGUGACUCUCACGCGAUUCCCAGGGCACCCGCGCGCUCCUCUCUCUGGGAAACGGAAGCUGGUCGGACGGGGCUUUAUCAGUGGCGGGAAAAUUCCUCUUGCAAGGGGUUAUCCAUGUACAGGAACACAAGUACCCUUCUUUGGACUGAGCCUUGAGUAACUUCUAGAAGACUGAUGUGACAUUAGGUUGACCUCCACAUUUUCCUCACUGAAUGAAGGCUGCACUUCUUCAGGAUCAACAAGUGUCUGGCCCAGUCAGACUCUCAGAGAUGAGCCGGGGGCACGGUGGCAGGUGCAAUGUUCAUGAAGGCUUUACCUAGAGCAAAGAUGGAGGUGACAGGGCAGGACAUCAGCUUCUCCCUUCAGCACGGCCUGGUCAGGGACACCACCACCGUCAAUGCCUCACAGCUCACCCUCAAGACCCUCAAGGACCGAGCCUGCGACUUCAUCAAUUCUAAGUUCCCCGAGCACUCACUGAACAAGCUGAACGAGCGGCUGAUCCUGUUCCGCCACGACUACGACUCGCCCAACAUCCUGCAGAUCAUCAACGCCGCCUCCGAGGUCACGCAGGACACGCUCAUCGAGAUCGUCAUGUCGGCCCACAACCCCUCCGACGAGGUGCAGAUCCGGCCUCACAUGCUCUACGUCCAUUCCUACAAGACGCCCACCUUCUGUGACUUCUGCGGGGAGAUGUUGUGGGGCUUGGUGCGACAGGGCCUCAAGUGCGAAGGCUGCGGCCUGAACUUCCACAAGCGGUGCGCCUACAAGAUCCCCAACAACUGCAGCUACGCGCGCCGCCGCCGCACGUCGUUCCAGAACAUGCCGCGCUCGCCCUCCGACUCGCUCAACUCCCUGCACCACGAGUCUUCUCUCGAGGGGGAAGCCCCCGUGACUUCAACAACUUCCAGCCCAAAUAUGAAGUCUGGUCGGUCUUCCUUCAGUGGAUCAGUCGGGAGACCGGCCUGGGUCGAGAAAGAGCUUGCUGGGAGGAUCAAGGUCCCGCACUCCUUUGCACUGCACAGCUACACCACGCCCACCAUUUGUCACUACUGCAAGAAGCUGUUGAAAGGGUUGUUCAGGCAAGGUGUGCAGUGUAAGGACUGCAAGUUCAAUGCACACAAGAAGUGUUCAGAGCGAGUUCCCAAAGACUGCACAGGGGAAGCGCCGAAGAAAGAUGGCGUUUCAGGCGAGGAUGGUGACACGGGCUCUGAUGUUCCUGCGGAUGAAGAGAGUGACACAGACUCUCCUCCGGACGGAGAUGUGGUGGAUGAUGAGCCGGUGGUCGGACGAGGGCCAGACAGUCCAUCAUCAAGUAACAACAUUCCGCUGAUGAGAAUCGUGCAGUCGGUCAAGCACACCAAAAGGCCGUCAAAGGUGCUCAAAGAGGGCUGGAUGGUCCAUUUCACCAACAAAGACAGUAUGCGCAAGAGGCACUACUGGCGCCUAGACACCAAGAGCAUAACUCUGUACCAGAAUGAGACCAGCACCAAGUACUACAAGGACAUCCAGCUCUCGGAGGUGCUCAACAUAGAAACCGCAAAACAGGCGCAGCCUGCAGAUGUGAGCAGAGGAGUGAUACACUGCUUUGAGCUCCGCACAGCUAAUGUCGAUUAUUAUGUGGGAGAGGAACCUAUAGGCAAGAAGGACGGAACACCAGUUGUCAAUCCCCCGGAGAGCGGUAUCGGAUUGUACCUAGCAAAGGUUUGGGAGAAUGAGAUUCGCAAGGCCCUGAUGCCUGUGACUCCACAGGCCAGCAGCACACCCACACACCCACAGCAAGUGGGCAUGGACAAGGAGGAGGCCACAUGCAAUGACAUCUCACAAAUCUACCAGAUCUUCCCUGACGAGGUCUUGGGCUCAGGACAGUUUGGCAUUGUGUAUGGAGGUGUUCACCGCAAAUCAUCAAGAGCUGUGGCCAUCAAGGUAAUUGACAAGCUUCGGUUCCCCACCAAACAGGAAGCUGCCCUGAAGAAUGAGGUGGCUAUCUUGCAGAAUCUUAGUAACCCGGGAGUGGUCAACUUGGAGCGUAUGUUUGAGACGCCUGAGAGAAUCUUCGUUGUGAUGGAGAAACUGAAGGGCGACAUGCUGGAUAUGAUCCUGUCAUCAGAUCAGGGAAAGCUAUCCGAGCGCAUCACAAAGUUCCUAAUCUAUCAGAUUUUGGCUGCUCUGAAACACCUCCAUAGCAAGAACAUUGUUCACUGUGAUUUGAAGCCAGAGAAUGUUCUCCUCUCCACAGACAGUGAUUUCCCUCAGGUCAAGCUGUGUGAUUUUGGAUUUGCUCGUAUCAUUGGAGAAAAGUCCUUCAGAAGAUCUGUGGUUGGAACGCCAGCAUAUUUAGCUCCUGAGGUCCUGCGCAACAAGGGUUACAACAGGUCCCUGGACAUGUGGUCGGUUGGAGUGAUUACGUACGUGUCUCUCUCGGGCACCUUCCCCUUCAACGAGGACGAGGACAUCAAUGACCAAAUCCAGAAUGCAGCUUUCAUGUACCCACCAAACCCUUGGAAGGAAAUCACACAAGACGGUGAGUUCCUCAGGCUUCUGAGCAUUUGGAAUUGUGUAGAAGAAGAGGGUGACAGGGAGAGGUAG